AUGCCGAUAGAGUUUCGUAAUCGCAACUUCACCUUUGGCUAUGUGCCGCCUUACUCGCACAUUUGUAUUCAUGGAGUAUGGAAAAUCUGUGUCCCACAAUUCCAUGAGUUCCUUACUCACGUUCUGUAUUCACAUCAUGAUCCUGUGACAGCCGGUCAUGGAGGACAGGAAAAGAGCUUUACGGCUCUGAGCAACGACAACUACUGGCCCGGCAUGCGCGCCUACACUACUGCGUAUGUUCAAUCAUGUACUUACUGUCGUGGGUCAAAGUCCCUUAACCAGAAACCAGCAGGCCUUGUUCUACAGCUACUCAUUCCUUCUCGUCGGUGGGCACACAUGAGCCUUGAUUGUAUAAUAGAUAUUCCCCUUCUAACGACAGGGCCCGACUCGAUUCUUGUAAUGGUCGACACCGUCAGGAAGAUGCCCCAAUUCGUUCCUGCAAAGAAGCCAUUCACAGCAGCCGAUACAGUGGAGCUUCUCAAGGAUCGUUUUAUCCGCUACCACAGCUUUUCGGAGGUGCUCAUAUCGGACCUCGACCCUCGCUUCCAGUCGGAUCUCUGGCAACAACUAUGCCGCCGCUUUAAAAUCAAACGCGCCAUCUCCUCAUCCUACCAUCCCCAGAGCGAAGGUCAAACUGAGACGGAUAACUGCACACUGGAGCAGAUGUUUCGUGCCAACAUCCAAUCUGACGAACGCGAGUGGGAGCGCUUGCUCCCGGCUCUUGGACUUGCCUACAACACGACAAGCCAUUCAUCCACUCAGCUCUCUCUCUUCGGCGUCAUGAUCGGCGAUAAUCCGCUGACUGCUGAUGCCGUAGGUGCGUUAUCCUCUACGCUCACACCUCCGAUGACUAAGCUCUUCCGGUAG